GACAAGACUAAACUUGCACUGAAGAGAUUGAGGGUGGUGGAGGAGCAGAGCAACUCCCUUGUGCUGGAGAAUGAACAGCAACGACAGCGGUACGAGAAAUGUCUUGAUGAGAUAGCCAAUCAGGUGGUCCAGGCCUUGUUGGCUCACAAG